CACACAUACACACACAUGCUCGCGCGUCAUCCCGUAUCACCAGGAACUCCGCACAGCACUUUAUGCUGCUGUUAUUGAUAUUUGCAAAACGCACGGAGACGAGACGGGGAAGUAGAAGAGCGCACAGGUGGAGCGUCUUUUCUUUUAACCCAGUGCUUAAUUUAUAGACUGCGGAGCAAAGAUGGACACAAUGACAGCAAACGGCAUCAUCAGUAUUUUUUGACUCCCACUUUACUCUUUUUCUAUUUCUGUCAUAUAUAUAUUUAUAUUUUUUUUACGCGUUCGCUCUGCGACAGCUCCCCAAGGAACACCUGGGAUGGGAAAACUUUGCCACCUCUGGACUCUGGAUAAUAAAAAGUACCGGGAAAGAAUGAAGUAACUGCUAUGGAGCCGGACAAUGCCCCGAACUCCAAACUCAAAGCCGGUGGAGUCGGGGGGAGAUCGCUGAUUCUUUGGACUAUACUGUGUUGCAUCUGUUCUAUCAGGCUAACAGAAGCACAAGAUGUGGAUAUCCUGCAGCAGCUUGGGCUUUUCGGGCGAAGGACGUCUCCAGCAGGCGCUCGCUCCAUACCCACUGGCGUCAUCCCCUUCAAGUCGGGCGUCAUCCUCACUCCGAGGACGCGCCUCCAGGUGCCUCUCCGUACCAUCAUCCCUGCCCACUACAACGCCACCAGCCUCCUCCUGAUCCUCAGCCUCUCUGUUCACCGCUUCAACAGCGCCUUCCUUUUCUCAGUUCUGUCUAAGAGAAAGAAGGUGCAGCUCGGGGUGCAGUUCACACCGGGGAACGUCUUGGUGCACGUGGGACACAAGAGCUCUGCGAGUUUUGACUACAACGUCUACGACGGCCGGUGGCAUGAUUUUGCCGUGGAUAUUCGAGGCCGUCGUGUGUUUUUGCACACAGCCUGCGGUACGAAAAGCUUGCAUGCUCAUUUGUCCUCCAAAAAAGGCGGGACCCUGGAUCCAGAGGGCUCCUUCCUGCUGGGCAAAAUGAACCACAACUCAGUGGCAUUUGAGGGUGCAAUCUGUCAAUUUGACAUUUAUCCCUCGGCCGAGGCAGCUCAUAACUAUUGCGAUUACAUUAAGAAACACUGCAGAGAAGCCGACACGUUUCGGCCUGUGUUUCCAUCCAUGCUACCUCAAAUUUCAGGCCCAGUUGUUACUUUCACUGAUAGAACUUUGCUGUCCCUGACAGAGAGAUCCAAAAAGGCAGAGGAGCCAUCGUCAGUUCCGAGGACUACAAUAAUUCACCCAGCUGACCAGUUGCUAAUGCUGAACAAGACGUCUUUAGCUGCAGAAUAUGCUGCAGCGCCUGUUUCUCCACUAGUUACUGCAGGAUUGGAAAACCCUCCCAGAUUUUCAGCUCCAACUGUUACUACAUCUCUUCAGAUCAUGAAUCCGCCAGAUCCAAAACACGUCAGCCGAAACACAAUGCAGAGGGAUAGUGAGUCUGGGGGAGCUUUACUUGUACCCGUUUCCAUCGGACCAUCAGCAACGAAGCCAAGCCUCAGGGACACGGUUGUUCCCACACAAGGGUCUCCUUCUAACACCUACGUUCCCCAUAAAAAGGAGUUGACCACAGAAGCUGCGAAGAAACCUGAGCCAGAAGUGACCGGUGAUUUCAAACCAACCGCACUCCCCGCAGUGACUCCCGCUGCGACAGACGGCGUUCAGACAUUUGACCUGGAGCCGACCCAGUUCUCGCUGCUCGCUGGACCACCUGGGCUAAAGGGAGAACCAGGACCACCGGGUCCCCAAGGAUUUCCAGGCCUGUCAGGAAAACCGGGAAAAAGGGGCCCCAGAGGUCCUCCUGGUCCUCAUGGAAAUCCUGGUCGUCCCGGACCACCCGGCGUGAAGGGACAAAAAGGAGAUCCUGGACUGUCACAUGGUCAAGCCCCGAAAGGACAAAAAGGAGACCUUGGUACAUUUGGCCCACCUGGACCACCAGGCCAAAAUGGACGAAAGACGGGUGACGAAGUGCAGCUGGCUCAGUUUGCUGCAGGAAGCAGGGUUACUCUGCUGUGA